AUGGGUUUGCGAGUCUCGAGAACCAAUUCAUUUCUUAUUUACUGUACCGCUGAGGGGAUUACAAUGAGGAUCGCUGAGGCGCAGUUGUUUAUCAGCCGAAAACGACAUCGGAUUGUUCGCUGCGUCGAAUACGAUAAGGAAAUAGUCUUUGAAACUGCACGACAUUCAUCAUACAAUAUCAGAUAUGAUGACAUCCUGGCCUCGGAAGUGGCCUCCCAAUACGGCAUGAUUUUAUUUGGCUGA